AUGAUUACCAAGUACUUUACCAAAGUAUCGGUCAAAUUCAACCCUUUUGGUCCAGAAGCUAAAGGCGCAAGACUUUUUCUUGCAGCUUUGCCCAGUUCCUUGAAGAAAUCAUGCACAAUAAACUACGAAGUCUUGAACAGCCAGUCAAACAAAAAACCUAUCAUUGAGGUGACCUACAAAGACAAAAAGACGUUAGAUGUCAACCCAACAUCGUUGAACUUCAACGAGCUUAGCAACCUGUUUGAUCGCCAUUCCAGAAAACUUCAGUUGGAAGAAUCCAUCCAGGGUUAG